AUGAAGAGCAAAAUGAGAAGAAGUGAAAAACUCUUCAUACUAAAAUACUUCUUAAACAUCCUCAAUGGAAUUUUCUUGGUGUUAGGUCUUCUGCUUGUGACUUUUGGUCUUUGGAUAUCGCUAGACAGAAACAGGUUUUUCAGACUUUUGCUAUCCACAGGAGGACAUUCAGUGGCAGAUUCUGUUUCUCAUAUGCUGCUUGCCGUUGGAUUCAUCAUUGUUUUUAUUGGACUCUUGGGAUACUUAGGAAGCGUUCGAGGAAACAGGUGUUUAGUAGCUGUGUACAUGGGUCUUCUUGUCCUUGGCCUUGUUAUCCAAAUGGCAAUACUCGGGGUCCUGUAUACAGGAAAGGAAAUGGCCAAUGACUUGUGGAGAGUUCAGAUGGAUGAGCUUAUUUCUAACUACGGCAAUAAACAUCUAUCUGCAAAGGAACAUCAGUGGACUAUUUUGAAUAAUAUUCAGCGUAUGCUCCACUGUUGUGGGCGAUACAAUUCCACAGACUGGAAAUGGAAUAAGAAUAAAGAUCAUGCAAAUCAAGUACCAUGUUCUUGCACAACAUCUAACACGAAGAAGUGGUUUUGUGAUGCACUGAAAAAUGCAACAUAUACUAGGGGUUGUGAAGAAGAUAUUAAGACGUGGUAUGAACAAAAUACAUGGCUAUUACUUUCAAUCAAUACUGGAUUGCUAAAGGUAGAAGUGCUUCAGUUCGUAGCAGCAGGCUGGCUCUUCAGAACAAUGAGGAAGAAUAUGGUUUUGCCCAGGAAUUAGCAAAAGGCCUGCGUCAUCAUUGCACUAAGCGUCUUGUACUCUACUACACAGUUUUCAGCUUCAUGUGUGCACACAUUAAUUACAAUCUUGUAAAAUGAUUGAUUUUUCAUAUUAAACGAAGUAAUGUUUGUGGUGGAUCUGUGUUUGCAUCA